ACCAUGCAGAUGGAGACGGUGCUCGUUUUCUUCUGUGUGGGUCUGCUGGGCGUCUCGGGGAGAUCGGCACCCAAACCAGGACAGAAGCUGGAGACCUACAAGCAGAGCAGGUUACGGAGAGAAACCACACGUGUAGAUGGAGGAAACCACAAGUCUGGCAGCCCGAUCUUCAGAAGAAGUCCAGACAUGACGAAGUCGCCCAUGACCAAAUCAGAGCAGCUGCUGAGGAUUGAUGACCACGACUUCACAAUGAGGCCAGCAUUCGGAGGUCCGCCGAUCCCCGUGGGUGUGGAUGUGCAGGUGGAGAGUCUGGACACCAUCUCUGAGGUGGACAUGGACUUCACCAUGACUCUAUAUCUGCGGCAUUACUGGAAAGACGAGCGCCUGUCCUUCCCCAGCACCAACAACCAGAGCAUGACCUUCGACAGCCGCCUGGUCAAGAAGAUCUGGGUACCCGACAUGUUCUUCGUCCACUCCAAAAGAUCCUUCAUCCACGACACCACAACAGACAACGUGAUGCUCCGGGUGUAUCCAGAUGGAAACGUGCUCUACAGUCUCAGGGUGACGGUCACUGCCAUGUGCAACAUGGACCUGAGCCGCUUCCCUCUGGACACACAGACCUGCUCACUGGAGAUCGAGAGCUACGCGUACACUGAUGACGAUCUUAUGCUUUACUGGAAGAAAGGCAACGAGUCUCUGAACACGGACGACAGGAUUUCUCUGUCCCAGUUCUUCAUCCAGAAGUUCCACACCACCACCAAGCUGGCUUUCUACAGCAGCACAGGCUGGUACAAUCGCCUCUACAUUCACUUCACUCUCCGCCGGCACGUCUUCUUUUUCCUGCUGCAAACGUAUUUCCCGGCGACGCUGAUGGUCAUGCUGUCUUGGGUGUCCUUCUGGAUCGACCGCAGAGCCGUUCCUGCAAGAGUUCCUCUGGGCAUCACGACGGUCCUCACCAUGUCCACCAUCAUCACCGGAGUCAACGCCUCCAUGCCCAGAGUCUCCUACAUCAAAGCGGUGGACAUCUACCUGUGGGUCAGCUUCGUCUUCGUCUUCCUCUCCGUCAUCGAGUACGCCGCCGUCAACUACCUGACCACCGUUCAGGAGCGCCGGGAGAGGAAACUCAGGAAUCAAUUGCCGUGCACGUGUGGAAUAGCGAACCCGGACGAGGACAUGAUGAUGACCACCUGCUACAGCGACGUGGACCCCAACACCACGGGCACCUACGGGCUGCCGGAGAACGGCGGGCGGCAGGAGCGGAUCCUGGCCCAGCUCAGCCUGUCCGACAGCCAGCGGACGAGCCGCGUCAAAACCACUCGCGGAUACGUCAACAUCUGGAUCGACACCCACGCCAUAGACAAGUACUCCCGCGUGAUCUUUCCAGCGGCGUACUCGCUCUUCAACAUCGUCUACUGGUCCAUCUACUCCUAACCACAGCACGCCGCGCUCGCUCUGCCUUCAGGACACACUCAGACAGCAACUCUCUGGGGAUUCGUUCAAAUGACUCGAUGUUCAUCAAGAAUCCAUUCAUAUGUUGUAAAGGACUGAUCUGGGCAGAGCUGUGCUGUUAGGGGACACUCCCACUGAAGGCAGUGUUUCUAUGUAAGCACUUGAUGGAUGUGUGUGACGGUACGCUUGCAUUGUGAAACAUCUUGGAUGAGCGCCUCGUUUAUUUAAAGGGCGCAUAUGAUCAACGUUUGUAAGCUGAUUGGACAGAAGUGUGUAUUAGUCCACAGUCAUAUCGGACUGAUAGAAACGCACCAAGUCCUGAUGUUAGAAUAGGAUCCCAGCGAUUUUGAAGCCCACCGCAACGUGACAACGCAAUACAGUUUUCCCGCCCACAACACUGAUUGACAGGCGCACAUGUCUCUGUGUGUGGCUCAUUCAUCUUACUGUGGUGUGUGUGUGACUGUGGGUUUCAUCCUUGCAAAUUCUAAUUGAAUUGUUUUUUAAUCAAAGACUGGACUCAAUGAUUUUCAAGGCAUGAAUCCUCAGAGCUGGUCUUACCUGCUGUUCAGUGUUUGAUGAUCAUGUAACUUACACCCGAUUCACUCGGGGCUUCUGCGCCAACGCUUGAUGGAGGGCGUGUUCGACGUUAGGGCUGAUGCAAUCGUCAUAGCAGUGUCAGCCAAUGAAAUUAGUCUGCAAUCAGCUGCUGUCUGAGCUGGGGUAUUUGCAUAAAGCGAUCUGAUUGGCUGACGCUUCCGUUGGUGCUUGAAAAGUUGAGAAAUUCCCAACUUGAAGUGGCGCCGACGGAUCCACAAUUCAGUUCGGCAACGCCUGACAUCACCCAUUCAAAGUGAAAUGGAAGCGCUGAUGCUGACACCCCAUGUUCUUUUCAGCUUAGUACCUUUAUUUAAUCUGAGGUCACCACAGCAGAAUGAACCUUAUCCAGCAUAUGUUUUACACAGCGGAUGCCCUUCCAGCUGCAACCCAUCACUGGGAAACACUCAUACACACUCGUUCACACACACUCCAGAUAAUUUUAGCUUACCCAAUUCCCCUAUAGCGACUGUGGGGGAAACCGGAGCACCCGGAGGAAACCCACACCAACACAGGGAGAACAUGCAAACUCCACACAGAAACACCAACUGACCCAGCCGGGACUCGAACCAGCGACCUUCUUGCUGUGAGGCGACAUCGCUACCCACCGCGCCACCGUGUCACCGGCUGGCUGAUUAAGUGAACUAAUAGUCAUGCAUGCCUUCUCAAGGAAGCCUGGUUUGAUUUGUAGUAAUUCUCCACCUGAAGGCCAGAGGGCGCUCUUGCAGAAACACACAACCCUGUGCACAUACACACAAAGAAAUCCGCAGAAAUCAGCGACGGCUGAAUAAACAGAAGAUUAAUCUGCUUUCAUUGACUGAGCGUGACUAACAAACACACGACUCUAGAAGAGACUCCCAGGAGGAUGUCAAACACUCGACUAGUUCUGAGGUGAGUUUGGUGUAAAACCAUGUUAUUUUACAUCGUAAUUUCACGUGCAGCUUCUACUAAAGCGACACAAGUAUCAGUCGUUAUCGACCGAUUAAACCCAACACAUGAUUCAACCAAUAUUUUAGCAUAGAUUAUCAGUGACCAACAGACUCUGUGUAGUGAACUCUGCUCCGUCUAAACGCACGAGCUGGAGGUUUACUAGAACCGGCUUUACUGACAAAAUGCACAUGAAGAUUGUCUCGGUUAAAUCGCUCAGCCCUAGGGUAUCUUAAUUUAGCAUAGAAAGCUUUCCGCUCCUACCUCACGUUUGGAUCUAGCGAUGCGGUAUUUCAGGAGGAUCUGUAACAGCGCCCCCUACAGUAACACAGGGACUGUUAAAGCCGCUACACUGAGAUCUCCAGAGAAACGCAGCACAAUUCUCUCAGAUUUCUCAAACAUUAUUAUUCUGCGAACAUUAUGAGGACAGUUUUCACCUUUUAAACGUCGUUUUUAAAAGUAUUUAGAAUCAAUGUUUUCUGUUCGUAACUUUAAAGAACAUUGCUGAGACGUUGUGCGAAUGUUAGCUGAGUAACGUCUCUUCCACAGCCGUUAGUCAUUUUAAUGCAUGACAUUAUUAAUGUAAACGCAUGCAGUCAUUCUAGUCAGCAGGUGACCAAACUACUGAUACUAAAAGUGUAAAAUGGUAGUGUAUAUAUUGGUUUCUGUGGAGACUCUGUGUAUAAAUGUACUGUCAUCACUCCCUCCAUAUAAAACAAGAUCUUCUGCAGCACACCAGACGUCAUUCACUGAUGAAACAUGUUUACAGUAGUCUUACAGUGUGUGAAUAUUCAUUCCUCCACUGAAUCUCUCUGCGUGAUGUUUUACACAGGCAUGAUAAAACCUUUAUAGCAUCACAGCAUCUAUAUUUAUUCUUUAUAUAAAUGUUUUGUACAAUGAAUAUUUCAUGUUUGGGCAUUAUUAAAAUGGAGAGUUUAUUCUGAUGUGUAUCUGUAUCUACCAGAGGGAACAGCACGUAACCCAUACUGGAGGAUUCUGCAUUGUGCAUUACUCUUCUGAACAUCUGUCUGAUUCUGAAGCGUUUAAUCCCUCUGAAAUAUACAUGAGCUUUGUUUUGUUUUCUCUAGUCUAGUAAUCUCUGGUAAUCUACAGCGGAUCGUGCCAUUUUCCAGGAGAGAUCAACAUGUAUAAAACUCUCCUUACUGUACUUUAUUAUGCAGUCCAUGUUCAUCAUGUGUGUCAUUUCUCCUGUGUUUUAAGUCAUCGUUUACACUUAUGAUUGUUGUAGAG